AUGGUUUCCAACAAGUGUUGUGUUCCUGGGUGUAGUAAAAAUGCUGCAUCUAAAUUUGGUGUUCCUAAAAAUAUGAUGAAUGUCUGGGAAAAUAUUAUUGGGUGUCCUUUAAACAGGAAUUCAAGAGUUUGUGCAAACCAUUUUAAACCUAGUGAUAUUACAUCAACAUGGGAGUCUGGUAAUGGUAGUAGCCAAAUCUCGAUUUGUUUAAGAAAGCCACGGUUAAAAUCUGGAGUUAUACCAAUUAAUAAUUUAAGUGAUGAAGUGAAUGAAACAAUGACAAUGCUUAACGAACAUAAUUAUUCUAAAGUUAAUCUAAAUGAUGAGUUUGAACCACCACUUGCCAAACGAGCAUGUAUUGAGUUAUCUGACAGUGUAAUUGAAUCAAUAUCUGAGGUAGUAAUUCAAGAUAAUAUAUUGAUAAAUGAUGAAAGUUCAAUUUCACUACCCAUGAAUUGGUUUUGUGAUGUUACUACUAAUAAUGGAUCUGUUAUAGCAAAAACUUAUUUUAUUCUCAGUCCAUUUCAAAUAUACAAUAAAAGAGUUGUGGAAAAACGAUUAGUUAUAUUAAAAGAUUCUGAGCCAACAUUUUACAUUAAUGAGAAACAAAUUAAGUUAUCACAGGUUGGAAUAAAUAAUUAUGAUGAAACAUUGAAUAUUGAAUACAUGCUAAAUAUACUUGUAAAAGUUAAUGUUUGUCGAGGUGUAAAAACUGACAAAAAUGUAAAAACUUCUUUUGGUUCUCAAUUUAUAGAAUUUAAUGGUCACUGGAAACAUGCGAAUUGUUUAAAUAUUAUAGAAGAUGGAGCCAGUCAAUUAUGUGUAUGGUGUAAUAGAUUAAAAUACACCAUAAAUAAAAAAUUCAAAAUAUUGUCAGCUGGAAAGUCUUUAAGAGUACCUUUAACACCGAGCAAAAAAAGCAAAUUCAAAAAAAUUCUUAAAUCCAAAAAAAUUGCAAGCCAAAAGUUUUCGAGAGCGCAUAAAACAAUUAAAAAUUUGAAAUUGCAGUUGAAUAAUAUCAAAACUAAAAUAUCCCAAGUCUCAUCAACCACAUUAAAUGAAAUAAUUCAGAAAUCUAAUUUAUCUGACUGUCAAUCUAAUUUAGUCAAUGAAAUUUUUAAUGCUGCUAAAGUUAAAUGUAAGAAUCAGAGAAGGUAUAGCGAUAACUGGAUUCUAUUAUGCUUAAUUUUACAGAUUAGAAGCCCAAGUGGAUAUAGAUUUCUGAGAAACCAAAACAUACUUCCACUUCCCUGUGUAAAAACUGUUAGAAAGUAUCUUUUGGCAAUUAAUAAUGAAUGUGGAUUUGACCUUAAUUUCUUUAAACUUCUGAAAAAAAAAAUGUUGAGUAAAAGUGACUAUCAAAAAAAAGGCAUUUUACUAUUAGAUGAGGUAUAUUUGAGAUCAAGUAUAUCAGUAAACAGCCGUACUUUAAGUUAUUCAGGAUUGGAAGAUUUUGGAGGAGAACUUCCAAGUAGAGACACUGAAAAAGCAGAUCAUGGUUUGGUAUUUAUGUGGUCUAGUCUUGCAGAUAGUUUUACACAACCUAUUGCAGUUUUUGCCUCCAAAGGUCCUGUAAAAGGAAUGGAUUUGACCAAAUUAGUAGUGAAAGCAAUAAUGUUAUUAGAGAACGCAGGAGCACAGGUUUUGGGACUAACUACUGAUGGGGCCAGUACAAAUAGGACCAUGUGGAAUAACUUAGGCAUUUCAGGAAAGAUAGGGAAUACAAAUAAUAGUUUUUGUAAUCCAUUUGAUGAAACUAGAAAAGUUUUUGUUUUUAGUGACGCACCUCAUCUCAUUAAGACGAUACGUAAUCGCUUAUACGAAAAAAAAUGUUUAAAGUUGGAUCCUUCCAAACCAUUAGUAAAAUGGGAACAUUUUUCUGAAGUGUACAGGCUUGAUGAGAAUAAACUAGGGAAAGUAUGUCCAAAAAUUACUAGGAAUCACAUAUAUUUAACUAAUUUGUCAAAAAUGAAAGUUAAGUUUGCAACUCAGAUUCUUGAAAAUGCAAUGAAAUGGUUAGAUUCUUGGGAGUCAAAAGUUAUAGAUGGACUCAUAUCUUCAAAUGAAUUUUUAACUCAGCAAACAGCUGAUGGAUUGAGAGUAACAAUUAAAUCUAGCAUUGAACUUUCAAAAUAUCUGUUGGACAGUUGUAAUUUUUCAUUUGUAUUAACUGCUAAAAUGAAUCAGGAUAAACUAGAAAAAUUUUUUGGUAUAAUACGUCAAGUUUCUGGUCCUAACGACCACCCGUCUACACCAACAUUCUUACAAUUAUACAGAAUGUUGACUGUAUCUUCUCUAAUAAAACCACCUAAAAGUGGUAACUGUACAGUUGAUGAAGUCCAAAAACCGGUACUUGAUAUUUGCGACUUUAAAAAUCUUAUUUCAAAUGAAUCAUUGCGUGAAGAAAAAAUUAAAAACAUGAAGAGUAAAUUAGACUUGAUAAUUGAAGAUAAGAACUGGGACUGUGAAGACAUAUUUUUAGAGCACGAUUAUACAAAAAGUUCAGUUUUUGAAUGCGUGGUUUACUAUUUAGGAGGGUAUUUAGCUAGACGACUGUGCAAAAAGUCCAAGUGUGAAGUAUGUAUAAAAAAUUUAAAGAAUGAUGGUAACUUAGGUAUGGAAUCAGAGUUGGUAAAUUUAAAAAGUAAAGGAUUUUUAACUCAUCCUAGUGGUAACUUAUAUAAAAUAUUAAAAGUAUUGGAAACUUGCUUUUGUAAACAUGCAAGUGCUGGUGAUGUCUUUGAAAAUACUUAUAAUGAAUUUUUUCUUCAUGUGACAAGCUUGACAUUUUCAUGUUCUAUUCAUAAAUAUGAAAUGAUUACAGAUAUCUUCACCAUAUAUAUAACAAUGCGUAUGAGGCAAUUUACAUACAUUGAAAAUCAAAAAUUAAAUAAAAUUAAUAGAGCCAAAAAGAAACUUUCAAAACUUGUAUCCAGUUAG